AUGACCUCGCUCACCGGUAUCUUUGUGGCUUUGAUCACCCCGUUCACCGAUGAUGGUUCCAAGAUAGAUGAAGGUCGCUUGCAGGCACAUAUCGAGCACCUCAUCAAGGCCGGCGUGCAUGGCCUCGUUCCUGGUGGCAGCACCGGCGAAUUCACAGCCAUGUCCACAGCCGAACGCAAGCAGCUCACCGAACUGUGCGUGAAAUACGCCGCUGGCCGCGUGCCCGUCGUCACCGGCACCGGUAGCACUUCCACUGCUGAGGCCAUUGAGCUCUCUGUACACGCAGCCCAGGCCGGCGCCGCUGCAGUCAUGAUUGUCCCGCCCUUCUACGACCCUGUCAAUCUUGAGCAGCUGCAUGAGAUGCUGUCCGAGGUCCACACUGCUUCCAAGCUGCCCAUUAUGUUCUACAAUAUCCCCUCUGCCUCCGGUCUUACCCUCUCGCCUACUGAGAUUGCGGGUUUAUCCAAGGUCGGCGUGAAGUGGCUCAAAGAUACUUCUGGCAACGCGCCGGCUCUGACAGAGCUGGUUUUCGGCUUGUCUGAUCAGAUCACAACCUUCAAUGGAUGGGAUACGCUGACCUUCUACGGCCUGGUGGCUGGCUGCCCUGGCGGUGUUUGGGGCGCGGCGAACAUCAUCCCCGAGCUGGCGGCUGAGCUGUGGGAUGCCGUCGCGGUGAAGGGGGACUUACAGCGUGGGCGGGAGCUUUGGGCUAAAGCUUGGCCUAUCUGCAAAUUCCUGGAGUCGCAUAAUUAUUCUGCGGCUGUGAAGACCGGUGUCGAGCUUACUGGACAGCCCACCGGUGGUCUACGGAAGCCGUUUUCGCUCUUGAACCCGGAAUUGACGGCGGAGUUGAAGCAAUUGUUGCAAAAUGCCGGUGUCAAGACUAUUUAA